AUGAUAAGCAGUUUGACUAGUGUUUCGAAAGCAAGUGAAAAUUCAAACAUAGUUCCAGAAAAGCUCGGUAGACGUCGAUGUAUUGAUGCUAACAAGUGGCAAAAUGUGGUGAUAGUCUGGUUAGAAAAUCGCACUGAUCCUACUGAUGAAUACUUUCAACAAACAAUUGAACAACUGGAGAAGGAUGUUCAAUAUAUUGAUAUAUUUAUGGAUAAUGAUGAAUGCAUUGAAUUCAUACUUAGCAAUGAAGAUAAGAUCAUAUGUUUGAUCGUAUCUGGAUCAAUUGGGAAAUAUCUUCUGCCUUGCGUACACGACAUUUUUCAAUUAGAUUCUAUUUUCAUCUACGCUGUUGACGAGCAAUAUCGCAAACCAUGGAUGGAAGGUUAUAGUAAGAUCAAAGGAUGUUUUGCAGACAUGACAUCGCUGUGCAAAACUCUGAAAGCGAGGGUGGAACAAUGCAAACAGAAUACCAUGCCAAUAAGUUUCAUACCAUCUGGUAAAAAUUUCUACCAACUCGAUCCAUCGUUCAUGUACACUCAAAUAAUCAAAGAGAUUUUGUUGACAAUCGAAUUUGAAGACAAGCACAUUAGGGAAUUCAUUGCUUGUUAUCCUGAUGCGCUAGUUGAUGAACAAAACGAAACAAGUUCCAAUGAAGAACAGAUGCGUAGUUACCAUAAAAAAACUCCAGUGUGGUGGUAUACGAAAGGAAGUGUUUUAUAUUCUAUCGUGAAUCGUGCUUUACGAAUGUUAGAUGGGGAGAUGAUCACACAAAUGGGAUUUUUUAUUACUGAUCUUCAUCGACACAUUGAACAAAUAUAUAAAGCGCAAUAUGCGAACUAUUUAUGUGAACCAAAGUUUAUUGUUUAUCGCGGACAGGGACUAUCUGAAGCAGAUUUCAAUGAACUGAUGAAAACAAAGGGUGGAUUACUGUCAUUCAACAGCUUCUUGUCCACUAGUAAAGACCGUGAUGUAUCGUUGGCUUUCGCAGAAAGUAAUUCAAUCGAUCAUGAUAUGAUAGGUAUUAUUUUCGUUAUCGAGAUCGAUGUUACUCAAGCGACCACUCCAUUUGCUUGUCUUCGAGGCAUUAGUUAUUUUCCCGACGAAGAUGAGCUGCUAUUUUCGAUGCACAGUGUGUUCCAAAUUAAUGAUAUCCAACGACUGAAUAAGAAUGAAAGACUUUAUGAAGUCAAUUUGACUCUCACUGGUAAUAAUAAUGCAGAAUUUCGUACUUUGACUAAUUUUAUCAGAAAGGAAAGUUCUCCAACUUCAACCGGUUGGCACCGAUUAGUCUUCAUGCUGAUUACCUUGAACCAAACUGAUGUUGCUGAAGCAAUUAACAAGGAGCUUCUUGAGGAGAAAUCGAAUGAGGCUAGUCACAUAUCUAUCUAUCAUUCCAUGGCAGUUAUUAAAUACAAGCAAGGAGAAUAUCAAGAGGCUGUACGAUUUCAUGAGAAAGUCAUUUCAAUUGAACAGCACUUGCUUCCUCCUACUCAUUCUGCUUUCGCUGAAUCCUACAAUAGCAUCGGCGCGGUUUAUCACCGUAUGGGUGACUAUCCGAAAGCGUUCUCAGCAUACGAAAAAUCUCUCGCUAUCCGACAGGAAUCACUUCCUUCUGAUCACAUUGAUUUAGCGCUAUCGUACAACAAUAUUGGCGCUAUAUAUCAUGAUAUGGCUGCAUACGAAAAAGCACUAUCAGCAUACGAGACGUCUCUCUCAAUUCAGCAGAAGUCACUUCCUCCUACUCAUCCUCGGCUAGCUUUCACUUACAAUAACAUUGGUUUGCUGUAUCAUAGUAUGGGCGAUUAUUCGAAAGCGCUCUCAGCUUAUGAAAAAUCUCUCGGCAUUCAGCAGCAAUCACUGCCUGCUAAUCAUCCUGAUUUGGGCCAAUCGUAUAACAAUAUUGGCGUUGUGUACAAUCACACGGGUGACUAUCCAAAUGCUCUUACCUAUUACGAAAAAGCUUGUGGAAUUUGGCAACAAUCACUUCACUCCAAUCAUCCUUAUUUAGGUCGAUCGUACCUGAACAUUGGUUCGGUGUAUGACAACAUGGGUAACUAUUCAAAAGCGCUAUUAGCUUUUGAGAAAGCUCUUGUAAUUGGACAACAGUUAUUUCCGUCUGACCCUAUUCUUUUGAGUUCGUGUUAUGGCAACAUUGGCGCCGUGUAUGGGCACAUGGGUAGUAGUUCAAAAGCACUCUCAGCGUAUGAAAGGUGUCUGGCAAUUCAACAGCAUUCACUUCCAUCUAAUCAUCCUUGUUUGGGAAUGUCCUAUCAUCACAUCGGUUCGGUGUAUCAUAGUAUGGGUAACUAUCGAAAAGCACUCUCAGCGUACGAAAAAGGUCUUGUAAUUGUCAGUCAGACACUUCCUCCUACUCACCCUAGUUUGGCUGAAUCCUACAAUAAUAUUGGUACUGUGUAUCACGACAUGAACAAUUAUGAGAAAGCACUCUCCUUCUAUGAAAAAGCGCUUGAAAUUCAACAACAAUCGCUUCCUGACACUCAUCCCACUUUAGCUUCAUUGUACAAUAACAUCGGUGCUUUGUAUGGACACAUGUCGGAUUAUCAAAAAGCACUCUUCGCUUUUGAGAAAUCUCUCGCUAUCUGGCAAAGAUUACUUCCUUAUAAUCAUCCUCAAUUGGCUACACAUUACAACAACAUUGGCACCAUAUACCGUCACAAAAACGAGUAUGCAAAGUCACUCUCAGCUUAUAAAAGGGCUCUUACGAUCGUGCAACAAUCAUCCUACUCGAAUCCUCAGGAUUUAGCUUUAUCAUUCAUGAAUAUUGGCCAUCUAUAUCAUGAUAUGGGUGACUAUUCAAAAGCACUUUCCUACUAUGAAAAAGGCCUUGCAAUUCGACGACAAUCGCUUCCUGACACUCAUCCCAAUUUGGCUUUGUCGUACAAAAGUAUAGCUAUGGUGUAUGAAAAAAUGAAUAAUUAUUUGGAAGCCUAUCUAUUCUACGAGCAAGCUGUGGAAAUUGCUCAACAAUCGUUACCCUCAUGCCAUCCCGAUAUCCAAAUUUACAAAUACAAAAUUGAAAUUAUAAAAAAGAAACUAUAG